UAAAUCGGAGGGAAAAAGAGCGAGACUCGUUCACUCUCGUCUCAUCCACGAAUUCCAGCAGGAGGUAGAUCCGCGAUUCUUCAUCUUUUCUUCAAAUCACCGAUCCUCCAAUUCAGAAAUCAUGGCCGAGGAAAGAAAGGGUAGCUACAGAGUAGUACCCAAAGCCGAUACCCUACCGUCUUUAAUGCCGGCCAAUAAAGAGGACAAUAAAGAUGAUGAUGCUAUAUGUUUGAAACCAAAAAUGGGCCUUUUAAAUGGUGUGACAGUUAUCGUGGGAAGUAUUAUUGGAUCUGGAAUAUUUGUAAGUCCAAAAGGUGUACUACUUGGAACGGGGAGCGUGGGACUAUCUCUCGUAGUUUGGAUCGCUUCUGGAGUGUUUUCUAUGAUCGGUGCUUUUUGUUACGCUGAACUAGGAUGCAUGAUAACCAAGAGUGGAGCUGAUUAUGCCUAUAUUAUGGAAUCAUUUGGUCCUUUUGUGGCCUUUAUUCGAUUAUGGGUCGAAUGCAUGAUUGUCCGACCCUGUUCACAAGCUGUGGUGGCCUUAACAUUCUCUUUCUAUGUUCUAAGACCCAUGUUUCCUGACUGCGACCCUCCCGAUGCAUCAGUUCGUUUCCUUGCUGUUCUCUGCAUAUUAAUUCUUACCUUCGUCAAUUGCUGGGAUGUGAAGUGGUCUAUGACAGUUCAAAAUGUAUUUACUUUUGGAAAAUUAUUUGCACUGGCCAUAAUUAUACUUACUGGAGUUUACAUGCUUUGUAUUGAUCUUAGUUUUUCACGAAGAAGUAAUGUGACUGAAUACAGUCAUGUUCAUACUGGUGUGAAGCCUCUUUCUUGUAGUAUAUGCAAUAACAGUUUUUCCCAUAGAAGUGACAGGACUAAACACUAUCUUGUUCAAAUGGGUGCGAAACCUUUUUUCUGUAAUAUAUGUCAUAAAAGUUUUUCAAAGAGAAGUCAUCUAACUGAUCACAGCCGUGUUCAUACGGGUGAGAAACCUUUUUCCUGUAAUAUAUGUAAUAAGAGUUUUUCGAGAAAAAGUAUUUUGACUGUGCACAAUAGCGUUCACACUGGUGAGAAACCUUUUUUCUGUAGUAUAUGUAAUACAAGUUUUUCACGAAGAAGUCAUCUGGCUAGACACAGUCAUGUUCAUACGGAAGAGAAACCUUAUUCUUGUAGUAUAUGUAACAUAAGUUUUUCUCGAAGAAGUGUUCUGACUAGACACAGUCGUGUUCAUACGGAAGAGAAACCUUAUUCUUGCAGUAUAUGUAACAAGAGUUUUUCACAAAGAAUUGAUCUGAGUAGACAUAAUAGUGUUCACACUGGUGAGAAGCCUUUUUCUUGUAGUAUAUGUAAUAUGAGUUUUUCACAAAGAGGUCAUCUGACUAUACAUUAUCGUAUUCACACUGAUUUUUGGAACUAUCUUAACUUUGUAAUUGAAGAAUUAAUAGAACCUCACAAGAACCUUCCAAGAGCUAUCUUCAUUUCUUGCAUUUUAGUAACUGUUGUUUAUACCAUGACUGUUGUAGCUUUUCAUACAACAUUAUCUGUAGCUGAAGUUCUUGGGGCUGAAGCUGUUGCUGUCACGUUUGCAGAUAGUAUGUAUGGUAAAAUGGCUUGGAUCAUGCCUGUAUUUGUUGCUAUGUCCACAUACGGUGGUGUUAACGGAAUCUUGUUUACUUCAUCAAGAUUGUUUUAUGCUGGAGCUGAAUAUGGUCAAAUGCCAAGAAUAUUGGCAAUGAUUCAAGUUAAACAUCUCACUCCUGCACCUGCAGUUAUAGCUAUGGCCCUUCUAUCCAUAUUGUACCUAUGCUCAAGUGAUAUUUAUGCUUUAAUAAAUUACGUGGGGUUUGCAACAUGGUUAGCUAUUGGUCUUGCUGUAGUUUGCCUUCCAUAUUUGAGGUGGAAACAACCGAAUCUGCCACGACCCAUCAAAGUACAUCUUAUAUUUCCCAUUAUUUAUAUCAUUGCUACCAUAUUUAUCACAGUAGUUCCUAUGAUGGCAGAUCCUGUUGGAACUGGAUUUGGAGCUCUUAUCAUUGCUACCGGAGUUCCUGUUUAUCUGAUAUUUAUAUACUGGGAAAACAAGCCUAAAGCAAUUAGAAAUGCAAUAAAUUCAACGUAUUGUACACUACAAAAACUUCUUGUUGUUGUGCCUGCUGAGAAAAGUUCAUAAGAUAUUUGAUUUUUUUUGUACCAUCUUUCCUCAUUGAUUAUUUUUUUUGUUAAAUCAUUUGAAAUAUCUAUAAAUUGAAUAAGUGAUUAAAAAAUAAUUUAAACUAAACUGAAAGUAAGAAAAUGAACUUGUUUUAAAUAUUAAUAUGCAAAAAUCCUUUAUUUUGUCAAUGAAUGAAUUUAGUGAUUAAUUCAUUCAUAAUUUGUAUAGUAUAAAUUUUUUCCUAUAGGUUAUUUAACUACUAAAUUUUACUGUUCUUAAUUAUAUCAUUAAAUUCAAUUAUAACUUAUAAGUAGUUAAAAAAUAAACUUUUGUUAGAUAUAAGCACUUUGAUGUAAUGCUUUUGAAUUACCGAACUAAUGAAUGACUAGCAUUUUAGUACGAAAAAUAAAUUUUAUAAUGAACUCAAGUAACGAAUUGAAAGUUUUUGCUAUAUGUAAUUGUAUUGUUGAGUGGACCAUCGACUAGUAAUUAGUCAAAUAAAUUUUUUGUAAGAUGUCACUACAUGAAAAUUGACCACUAUGUUGUGCUAAUAAAUCAACGGAUGAUUAGUUGACAAAUUUUUUAUAUAAAUUCUUUACAUUUGACAUCACUGCCCGCAAAAUUAUAAUUUAUGCUACAUCUUUAAGUGACUAUGAGUUAUAACCUAUAAUUUACUUUUUUUUUUUUUUUUUUUGAGUGAAAAAAAGUGAACAUAUUUCGUUUAACCAAGGCAGCUGCCUUUUUUAUAAAAUUUUAACUAUAGUUAAAAUUAAAUUAACGAUAAUAAUUUAAUUAUAAUUAAAUUAAAAUUUAAUUUUUUCAUUUGUAAUAAAACUGUAUGAAACAAUUUCUUCAGUAUUUUACGUAGAAUAUAUGUAAUACUCUAAAGCUAUUCCUGAUUUUUUUGAUUGCAUUACUUUUUAAUUUGAUGAACUUGUCUUUAAUGCUUUUUCAUUUUUAUAAAAAUCGCAUGGAUUUUUUUUGGAUUAAAAUUUUCAUUAUCAUGUGUGUGACUGUUAUUCUAUAACUGAUACAACUUCAUAACAGUUUAAAAAUAGCAUGUUAUUUGUUAGAAGAUUUAUUUUUUUCUGAUAGAAAGUAAUUUUAAAAGUGCUACUCAAAAAAACUUUUUUUUUUGGGGGGGGGGAUUAUUUUAAGCAUUAUCCCCAAAAUCUUAAAUCUAACUUCCCAUAGAAAUAAUAUAUUGUAAUAUUAAUGAAAUGUAGUAUACAUAUUAAUAAGGUUUCUUCAAAGUAAAAAAUAUUAAUUUUAAUUUUUGAUUGACAAUUGGAAAAAUGUAAUCAUUCCAAUGAAAAAUAUUUUUUAUCUUUUUGUCUGUUUUUAAUAUCGGAGAUUGUUUGUUUUGUCCUCUUUUAGAAUAAUGGCUUUUGUACUUGUUCGUUAUUAUGAAUCUCAUUAUUAUGAACCUCGUUAUUAUGAAUAAUGUUCGUUAUCAUGAAUCUCCUAAAAUUUUUCAUUUUAGAAAUAUAGUUGAUUGAGAAUAUGUGUGGUCUUAGAAUAUGAAAUAUAAAUAAAAAAAAUACAUGGAAUUCGUUGUUGUUAAUUUAAAUUUUCACUUUUAUUAAAAAAAAAGUUAGCUAUUACUGUUUUAAAAAUACAAUUUAGAUUCCUAGAAAAUUGCAGUAACUGAAGAUUUAUUCUAUUAUUAAUCUUUGUUUAAAAAUUAUUUAUUUGAAAAAAAGGAUUUCAUUUAAAGCAUUUUCGUAAUACAAAAGAAAAUUACAUUAUCUUUUGUUUUAAAAAUACAAUUUAGAUUCCUAGAAAAUUGCAGUAACUGAAGAUUUAUUCUAUUAUUAAUCUUUGUUUAAAAAUUAUUUAUUUGAAAAAAAGGAUUUUAUUUAAAGCAUUUUCGUAAUACAAAAGAAAAUUACAUUAUCUUUUAAAAAGCUUAAUACACUUAAGCAAAAUUGAGAAAAUUUGUUUCUUAAAUUCUACUUAGUCAAAGUAAGUAGUGAGUUUAAUUUCGGUAAUAAGAAACAUUUUGUGAAAACUGUGUGCAAACCUUAAAAAGAAGGACUAUUUAUACAGUUUCUAUGAAAAUGAACCCAGCUGUAUUUUUAUAACAUACAUUUACAUUAUAUGUAUACUGUAAAUAAUGUGUGUUAAUAAUCAUGAGCUUGUUUUCUUAUACCAAGUGUACACUUUUGUACGUAACCUAACUGAAAAACUUGUAUUUUCCUAAUAUAUGACAUUUAAAAGUAGCCUCCUAACUUAUAACUUUAUUAAUUAGUUUUGUCUUUUUUUAUGAAGUGAUUGUUUAGUUUUUAAUUUGCUGUGCUUUUUUUAUUGUUCGUGUUUAUUUCUGUACAUUUUAACUAAUGCCAUUUUUUAAAUAUGCAAUGUUAGCAGCUGAAGCUCAAUUGCCAUUUUGUGUUUAUAGAAUAUUCUUUGGCAUUUUAAAUUAAAUUUAUUGACUAUAUCAGCCGAUAUAUUAUGUAUUGAACUCUAAAAAUUACAUUUAAAAUAAAUUAAUUAAAUCGAAGCUCAUUGUAAUUCAAUUAUUCAUUGAGAUUAAAUGUAACAACAAAUUUAAAUGAUAAAUUUUUACUAAACAAUAAGAAGAAAAAAGUAUAUUGUGCGAUUCAAUUUAACAUUGAACUACAAUUUAAGUGACUUUAUCCGAAUUUAGUUAAGAAAUUAAUUGCUCUAACAACGUUGCUCAAAUUUAUACAGCUUUUACUAUUUUUAUAUUGUUGUCAUGGUUUAAUCAGUAGUUACUUGUUAAAGUGUAAGUUGUUCCAUUUCAUGUAUAUUAUUAUUAUUACUAGUUUCUUUAAAAAUGUCUUAAAAUAUUAGUUCUAAGUAUAAAUUUUCUUAUUUGAAAAUUUUAUAAUUGUUUUAGACAGUAUUUUAAAUAUCUCCAACAGAAAUGGGAUAUUUUGAAAAAUUAUAACAAAUUAAGUUACUUAAAUAUAUAAAACUGUGUUGAUUAUUACAUUUAUAUUUUUAUUGCAUUUUCAUAUUGUUUAUAAUAUUUUAUGUAUCUUCAUUGCAAAUAUGACGUUGGUAAUAAAGUAUUAAAUCAUAAA